UCAUCUGUCACAAUUUUUAGGGGAAUCGUGAUGUCAAUCGAAAUCCUGUGAUUUUUUAUGAGGAAUAACGCGAUAAAUUGAAUUAUUUGUUCCACUGAUCUCAUUUGAAACUCUUUCCAACACCCCAAGUUUUAUAACUUUUUACCAUGUCUCAUAACGUAAAAAUUCUUCCCGGUGCUACAGUUUGCGAGGAUUGUACAUUAGAAGGUGAUAUCACAAUCGGUGGAGGUACAGUUAUUCACCCGAGAGUGACGAUCAUAGCUGAGGGUGGACCCAUCAUAAUAGCUGAAUAUUGUAUCAUAGAAGAGUACUCCACUAUUAUUCAUAAAAAAAGCGACAAACAAGAGACUCCACCUAAACCUCUGUUCAUUGGAGCCCACAAUGUGUUUGAAGUUGGCUGUAAACUGGAAUCACCUUGUGGCCACAUUGGAGAGAGUAACGUAUUUGAGUGCAGGUCUUUUGUAGGAGUUGAUGUCAAGAUUGGAAGCGGAUGUGUUAUAGGAGCAGCUUGUCGCCUGACAGCACCACAAACUUUGGCUGACAACACCGUAAUAUGGGGCUCUGACCAUCAUGUCAGAGAAGCAUUAGAGAAACAACCAUCACAACUAUUGCAGCUAGACUUCUUGAGCAAAGUCAUGCCUAACUACCACAGACUGAGGAAACCUAACGUUCACAAACGCCAGCCUUCCACCAGACAGUCCCAAGAAUCAUCCCCAAAACCAUAAAAAUAACUAUCUGUUAUAAACUGCUGUAUUAUACUAAUUCUUAUUUGUAGCUUGUAAUGCACUAUGUUAAGAUUUUAUAUUUAUUUAAUGCUUUCACUGAAUAAUCAAGUAUUUUGAUAGAAA